AUGGAUGCGCCCAACCCACCCAUCCACGAGCAGUCCCAGAGUCCGCUCUUCGCCCUACCAGCCGAAAUACGCCUCCACAUCUUCUCAUUUGCCAUCACCAAAUCCCUCGAUCUCGCUCACCCUUACAGCCCCGACACCUACUACUCCCGACCGGGCUACACGGCCCCGCGCCCCAUGGAUACCGCACUUCUCCACACCUGCAAACGCAUCUACGCCGAGACCCGCCACUUCCCCUUCGUCAACGCCGACCUCACUUUCUUCCUGUGUUCUCACGCCCGCGCACCGGGGUUCAUCCCUCUCCCGCAACUGCGACAAGUUCUGGCUCGCAAACAGACCAUCCACGGCGCCCUCGAGACCUUGCACAUCCAGAUCUUCGCGCAGCUAUACGUCCUCGAGCAAAAUCGGGACUUUCAGGAUGUUCUCGACGUGCCCCAUCUCGAUCCGAAACGCGUGACGCUGACCAUUCGACACUCGGACUUUUGGUUCUGGGAGGAUUGGCAGAAGCUCCGCAUUGAUGGACAGUGGGUCAACCGGGUCCGGUUUCCGAAUAGCGUGGUGGAGUUCGUCAUCGAGAUGGAGACGAUUGAUAAACGCGCUGAGGAAGUGCAGUAUCUGGCUGAGGAGGCGGUCGGGAAAUGGUUCUUUACUCGCAAGGAUGGGCGGAUCCUCAAGGCGGAGAAGUCGGAUACAAGGACCUCGACUUGGACUGGUAGCUCGGUUCUGGAUGAUAGGCGGUGGGUCAGAGAUGAGGCGAGGCCUGGGGAGUUGGAUUAUCUUGUCGUUACGAAUAGGUGGAAGCUUGUGUCUGCACUCGGAGUUGAGAUGCUAGGGUUGGAUUUGAGCACACCGAGACCGAGUCUGAAUGUUCCGGUCGGGGUGGGCCAGGAUCCGCCGGGGUUAUACUGGAGAAGUUCGAUUGGGAUUAGAGAAAUGGAGCGAAAGGGUGUCACAAAAGAGACGCCCGCGGGACAGGCUAUACGACUAGUCAGUCCCGUUGGGCGGAGAUUCCAGCGGAGAUAG